GACGUGGAAAAUCCAGUAGGACGAUCAAAAAUACGACCUCGUAUAUAAGCGACACUUCGCUUCGGCACGCAGUUUAGUCGGGUGUGGAAUUUCGUUGGUUUAUUUAAUAAUUGCAGUCCAGUGCGGAACAGCCUAAUCAUGUCUCUGGAACGUCAGGUCCAAGCCAAACUCGCGGCAAAACGUAACCCAGCGCAAGACAAAGAGGCCCAAGAAUGGAUCGAGACCAUCUUGGGGGCUAAAUUCCCCCCUGGCCAGGCUUACGAAGAUGUCAUCAGAGACGGUACCAUUUUGUGCCAGUUGAUCAACAAACUGGCUCCAGGUUCUGUUCCGAAGAUCAACACCAGCGGCGGACAGUUUAAGUUUAUGGAAAACAUCACCAACUUCCAGGCGGCAAUCAAGAAAUACGGAGUGGCCGACAUCGACGUGUUCCAAACCGUAGACCUGUGGGAGAAGAAGGACAUCGCCCAAGUGACCAACACCCUCUUCGCUUUGGGUCGUCAGACGUACAAGCACAGCGAGUGGCCUGGACCGCACCUUGGACCCAAACCCUCUGACGAGAACAAGAGGGAAUUCACCGAGGAACAAUUGAAGGCCGGCGAGAGCAUCAUCGGCCUCCAGGCCGGACAGAACAAGGGAGCCUCCCAGGCGGGUCAAAACAUCGGUGCCGGCAGGAAGAUCAUCCUUGGAAAGUAGAUUUUUCUUGAUGAUGAAGAAGAUUUUUUAUACUACCUUUAUGUGUAACUAAUUUUAUUGUAUGUUUUAUUUAAUAUAGAUAACAAUUAUUUUUAUUUAA